AUUUUAAAAAAGCACAUGUUGCAGAUGAAGAAGAUCAAUAAUUGUCAUUCUCAGAACCCCAAAUCCGUACGACAACGCUGAGGAGGAGUCGUAGGCAAUUCUUCUUCUUCGUUUUCGGGGCUUCAGGAAUUCUUGGAAGAUCGCGAGCUGGCGGAUUCGCUGGUGUCUCCGUGUUGUCUGUACUGGGAUUGUGUUGGAAAUUCGUAUAAUUGGAGGUUAUGGAUGAACAGGUCUUUGCUUCCAAACCCUCGGCACUGGACCAGAUCAGGCGUGAGAAUUCCGACAAGGAUCGCUUGCGAGUGAAGAGGAAGACCCUGAAAGCUGUUCUCCAGCAGUGCCAGAGGGCCCUCGAAACGUUGGAUUCUACUGCCGCCGAUGACGAUGAUGAAGACGAUGAUGAUGAUGACGAACUACAAGACCGUAGCUCCGGCGCUUGUGCUGUUGCCCAAGAACGACGCGGCGGUGAGGCCGAAGAGUUGUGCGAUCUUCUUAAAUCUAGAGUUGAAUGCCCCGACUUCCUUGCAAAGUUAGAGUGUGCACAAGCAUCUAUUCCGCAAAAUAGAGCCGUAGCAGAAGAAGGUAAUUCUUGGGACUUGGUUAGUGAGAAUGAUUUAUGGGAAAGUGAGGAUAUUGAUCUAAAUGAAGAUGAUUAUGUUCUUGUGAGGCAAGAGGAUAUAGUAGAUGGUAUUGCAUGCUUCAUGGCUGCAUACUUGCUGUCAAUUAAACAGACUAAGGAAUUGACCCCUAAUCAACUUCAGGAAGCCCUUAGCAAAACAUUCUCUGUGAAAAAGAAAAAGGGAAAGCUUCGUAAGGCAUGGGAUGGAAGCAAAGUCAUCUACAACGUUGCAUCAUGGGGGGCAACUGCCAUUGGGAUAUACCAAAACCCAGUACUUAUAAGGGCUGCCUCAAAGGCCUUCUGGACAUCUUGUCAUGUUAUCUCAAAGCUUCUUUAAUUUGUUUGAUACUGCUGGAAAAAUGGUUCUGUAGCUGGAGGUUCACUUGGUAAUUGUGCUUGGUAUUGCCAGUAGGACUUGUUAGUCCACAAAUUUGUGUAACAUUAAUGGCGUUCUUUUCAUGCUGCUGGUUGAUUGGGCCUGCAACGUAAUUUUAUCUUGUAAAUAUUUUUAUCCGCUUUAAGCAUUUUUUUUAGUGCAAUUCAAAUUCA